AGGAAGAAGCUGUGGUCACGUGUCAGAUAAGAGCACUUCUAAGUUCUAUUCGCGAGAUGGACUCGGAGCAGUGAUAACACCACAUCAUUCGGGUUAUCUGCCUACUUUCUUGAAAACUUCUUGAAUUUCUGUACUCAUACUUUACCUUAUCAUGGCGUGCGAGAGAGAGGGCCUCGUUGCGCCGCCGCCCCUGCGGCCCCUGCGUGGAAAAACUGCGGUGUUAACAUUCGUUGCAGUGAUUUUUGCGUUUGUUGGAGAGACCCAACUCACACAGUAUGUCCAAACAACAUUGGGUUACCAGCACUCAUUCUUUUUGUUUUAUGUCGUGCAUUCAUCAUUCGUGCUCUCCUUUCCAUUGCACCUAGGUUAUCUCCUCAUGACAACCCACCAUUCUCCUCGUGCCCUGAUGUCUGGCUUGUUCAGUACUAUCACCGCUCAGUUGACAUUACAAGAUCCAAGAAUCAUUCACUCUUCUCGAUUUCCUGUGUCUCGAUUUCUGGUCGUGAUUCUAGUCAUGACUGUCAUCUACAAUGCACCUGCCCUAUUGUGGUUUAUUGCUGUCGUAUACGCCCCUGUCACUGAUGUCACAGCCAUUUGGAAUGCCAAUGCCUUCUUCGCUUAUGUCUUUAGUGUCAAGUUGUUGAACCUGAAAUGGAGUCUUAUCCGGUCGUGUGCUGUUUGCCUCGCCACUGUCGGAGUGCUCACUAUCGUAUAUGGCGACAGCACACCGUCAAAUGCAACCGCACCUCUGGCUGGCCGUACGACUGUUGCUCAAAAUUCUGCUCCUUUAUUUGGCGACAUUUUAACUCUGGUUGCAUCCGUGAUAUACGGUCUGUAUCAAGUUCUUUACAAGAAGUAUGUCGCACUGCCAUCAGACCUAGAGCCAGCUGCAGAGCCUCCACAAUAUUCCCAUGUCCCAACAUCAGCGGAACAGGUUGAUGAUGAGGAGACAGUAGCUUCACCAUCACCCGUCGCCGGUGAUAAAGUUGCUCAUUCUCUUCCAUUCGGCCUCCAUUCAAAUUUUCUCACCGCAUGCAUAGGCGUGUGCACUUUGUCUGUGCUAUGGGUACCCCUAAUUGUGUUGCAUUAUUACGGCAUCGAAAAGUUUGGGCUUCCAUCCAACAUGGUGACCUUCGUUGCAAUUGCAGGAAUCUGUAUAACAGGUGUUAUAUUCAAUGCAGGUUUCAUGAUUUUACUGGGAGUCUGGGGUCCGAUUGUUACUUCCGUUGGGAGUCUACUUACAAUCGUCCUCACACUCAUCUCGGAUCUAAUGUUAGGCACCGUCGGGUUGACUGCCUGGGGACUAUUGGGAGCAGGCAUGAUUGUAGGGGCUUUCGCUGUACUUGCUUAUGAUAUGUUCUAGAGCUGACGGUAGAGUCAUGCAUACAAUUGAGCGGGCUUGGUUGAUACUCAGCAAUCUCAGAGUUGUACCUUGGCAUCA